AAAAAGUUCCGGAUGUGCCGUUACAUAGGAGAAUCUUCGACCUUCAUUCGACCAUUCAUUCUACUACGACGGAACAGAUUCCACAGAAGGUCCGAAGUACGAUCGAGAUCCAAAAUGUCCUCCGUUGAACCGAAGAAAGUGUUGUUUAUUUGUUUAGGAAAUAUUUGUCGAUCACCUACAGCUGAAGCAGUAUUUAAUCAUGUAUUGAAACAGCGGGGAUUGGAAGGAUGGGAAGUGGAUUCUGGAGCUAUUGGUUCCUGGCAUGUAGGUCUAGGGCCUGAUAGGCGUGCUGUUAAUGUUAUGAAGCGACAUAAUGUACCAAUGAGUCAUAAAGCAAGACAGAUUAAGAAAGGAGAUUUCACCCAUUAUGAUUACAUCUUUGGUAUGGACCAUGAAAAUAUCUCUGACAUAAAGGAUGCUGGCCCAAAGUCUUACACUGCAAAGAUUGAACUUUUUGGAUCAUAUGACCCAAAAGGGGAACUGAUUAUUAGAGACCCUUAUUAUGAUGAUGAUGAUGCUGGUUUUGAGAAAUGUUAUGAACAGUGUCUUCGGUGUAGCGAGGGUUUCUUGGAUUCCUUUAAAUAAGCUUCUAACACCAUAAAUGUAUGAAAUUCAGAGUUAUAAGGAAUACCGAGGAGUUCCUCUGUAAGCAUUUCUAAAUUAAUUAGAUAUUGAAUGAAGUAUUGUAGAUUAACUAUUGUUAAAGGUUGGUUCUAUUUCUUAAACUUGUGGAAUCAAGUUAACAUUCCAUGGUAACAGUAUUACACUGUAAGUAUUUCAAAAUAACCUAGAUAUGAAGUACAUAUGUACAGGUAUUAUAGAUGUGUUCAUGUUAAAAAUUGAUUCUGUUUCCCAAGCUUUGGGAAUGAAGAUCACAUUCCUUGGCAGCACUAUUCAAAACCAGUGAUAAUAAAUUUAUAGCUUUUGGUA